AUGAAGUUCUCCCAAGCCGUCGUUGCCCUCGCUGCUGCCUCCGUGGCCACCGCCCAAGGUCUCCCAGACGUCCCACCAUGCUCUCUCAGCUGCUUCGUUGAGGCCCUCGGUGGUGAUGGCUGCUCCGAGUUGACCGACUUCAAGUGCCACUGCUCCAAGCCAGAGCUCCCAGGCAAGAUCACUCCUUGCGUCAAGGCUGCCUGCCCAAUUGAGGACCAGAUCAUUGUCUCCAAGGCUGUCGUCAAGCAGUGCUCUCAGGCUGGAAACCCCAUCUCUAUCCCCCCAGUUGAGGAGUCCUCUUCCGCCCCUGCCUCCACCAGCGAGGCCCCAACUGCCUCCCCAACUGAGAGCACCCCAGCUCCAUCCACCACUGCUGCCCCAACUGGCACUGGCUCCCCAUCCGGCACUGGUGCUCCAGGUGGCCCAUCCGGCACCGGUACCUUCACCAACACCGGUGUCCCAACCCAGUCCACCCCCAUCUACACCGGUGCUGCCUCCGGCCUCGCUGCCAACGUUGGCGACCAGAUCAAGAGCACUAAUGCAUGGUGGAUGGUGAACGUUGUCGUGUGCGUUCCUGUAUAUACAGUAUCAAUAUCAUGCCAGUUUGACUUGGAAGAAGAACUUGAUUUGGUGGACCUUGACUUGGAACAGGGAGCUCGUAUCCCUGGCCACUCUCCGCAUACGGUUUAUAUAACCACCCAUGUCUAUACUUGGGACAGACGUUACAUCAACCAAGACGGGUCGCCAGUCACGCGUGAGCUCUAUCUGAUAGACAGACUCCGUAUUGUCUUAAACGCCCUCCUCGUUGUCGUCCAUAGUUUGGGCCAGGAUGCCAGCAGAUACGACUUACGUAUGCCAUCUGAACUCGGGCUGACCGACUCUGACUUGGGUGUACAUUACCUGCAGCCGAUCGUGGCGGUCUGGAUAGGCGAGGUCGAGGUCGCAAGCUAUCAAAACUGGCUGCAGCUCGCCGGUGGAGGCACUAGACGAAAAGCCACCGGGCGUGAAACGAGACGAUUUCAUAGUGAUCGGUCGCUAUUGAAAUAUUCCCUUUGCAAGCUGCACAGACAAGCUGGCAUCUGCAAGCUAUCUCACACAUUCAACCGUAUCCACGUCGCACCGCAAGCCGCAAACAGCGAGCUGGAAGGCCGUGCGACGUGCAAGAUAUACCUGCAGACGUUGCAGACGGUGCAGACGGUGCAGACGGCUGAGAUGGAUCGGCAUGAACGGUACAGGUACGAAGCAGGGCUCGAAAUGCCGACCCUCAUCCCGACCGAUGCAUUCCCAGAGGCAUAUACUGCAUCCACCGUUCCCUUCCCCAUCAACGUCGCGGGCGAACCUCGCCGUAAUGACGUCGUGAUAGCGUUACCAUGGGACUGCAUCCAUCGCAUCUUCCAGGAAGUAAUUCUCCUGGAAGACCUGUCCGAAAUACCUCGACAUAUCCGCGAGGCGCAAGCACGAGAGAGCUGGGGCCAGGUCGUCAAGCUGAUGGGCGUUAACCGAGCGUGGUAUUCACUUGUCCGCGGCGCGCUGAUAUCCAUGCCUAUGGCCGCGAUAUUGGACAACUGCCCUGAAAAAUGGGCGUUGAAGUCACUAGACAUCAACCUGACGCAUCUACGCCAAUGCAACCAUCCAGCAACGAUGUAUACGAACGGGCUAUCGAACGUCAAGAAGCUCCCCUACGACCACCCAGCAGUCAGGGCGACGGUGAUGGACCUCCUUCCCCGAGCAGUGGCAAGACAGUUCCACAAAUGCACACAGAUGCUUGUACGGGCUGGCGCAAACAUCAGCGCGAGAGACAAGCUGGGAUAUUCAUGCCUGUACAUCGCCGUCGAUCAAGGGUGGCAUAUGGGUCUAAUAUGGCUAUUAGAAGAGCACACAGGCCAUAACCUCGACAUCGACAAUCCUACAGCCGCUGCCCUGGCGAUGCUAAAGGAGGACCGACUCAGCUUUGCCUCGCUGAUUAACUCUGGUGGGAAGCUGGAUUCUCGGUUCAGAUAUAGGGGUAAAUUGUUCACGCUGCCUACCUUCAUGGCGACCCAUGCGACUGGCACGAUGAUACAUUCUAUGACGCAGAGGGGGCUAAAGGACGACCUCCCGGACGACCAUCCGGAUAAUCUGAUCAUGAUCUGUCUCCGGGUGGAUAAUACUGGAUUACUGCUGACCCUGCUGUCGUGCGGAUGGAUGGUGGACCAUGUGGCCGCGGAGCUGGAGAGAAGGGGCUGGUCGUGUUCUGAGCGGGCAAAGGCGCAUCUCGUUCACUUUAGGAUGUGGCCGUCUCGCGCGCCUCCUAUUCUGCGGUGGGUUGCAUAG